AUUUGGCUGCAAGCGUGAGCGCGGCCCAAUCCAGCACCAACCUCGCCGCGCCGCCGUGGCCGCCUCCGCUAUCUACGUCGUCCACUUUCCCAGCCAAACCCCUCCGCCGCCGACGCCCUUCGCGAGGGUUUUAGCCACAGAUGCCUCCGCCUCGCCACGCACUCCUCUCCUCCCUCCUCCGCCUCCCCCGCGCCUCCUCCUCCCUCGCCUUCCACCCACCGCGGCCGCCUCCCACGCGCCGCCACCAGUUCGUCGCGGACCCCAACGCUGCCGCGAGCCGAAGCGGGGUCGGCGUCGGCGGCAACCCCUUGGACCCGGCGCAGCUCCUCCGGGACGACCCCGUGUCCAUCACCGCGUCGCUUUGGGUUUCCUCUUUCCGCGCCGCCGCCACCUCACCGGAAGACGCCGCGCCUCCGCCUCCGCCGCCCUCGCUGUGGCCCUUCCUAACGCGCCUGGAGCUCUGGGUGCUCGCCUACCAGAAGGCCUACGCCGACGACACAGGCUCCUACCUGCCCCGCUCCUCCAUCCCAGCCUCCACGCUCGCCUCCCUCCUCACGCUCCGCAACGCCGUCAUCGACGCCCGCUUCCGUUUCGGCAACCGCCUCACCCCCUACCUCCAGUCCCCGCGCGCCGCCGCGAACCCGGACCCCGCCACGCUCUCCAAGCGCAAGCUCCGGGCCCUCCUCACCACCCCGGGGCCGGCCCCAUUCCAGGACCGCGUCGUGCAGGAGCUGCUCCUGCUGCUGCUCGAGCCUGUCUACGAGGCGCGGUUCUCGCCCAAGUCCUUCGCCUUCCGCCCUGGGAGAUCCCCGCAUGCCGCCCUCCGUAGCAUCCGUCGGACCUGGGCGCCCUACCUCUGGUACAUCAAGGGAGACCUAUCUCCGCUGCUCGACUCCCCUGACCCUGCACUUGUGGUUGGUGCGCUCAUCCGUGAUGUGCGUGACAAGAAAGUCCUCGAUUUGAUCCGCUCGGCAUUACUCACCCCAGUGGUGACUGGGAGGCCAGGUGAUGAAGAUGCAUCGAAGAAAAAGAAGAAGAGGAAGUACCAGAAAAAGAAGGUUCUGCCGGAGGGGGAGCCGAAGCCUGAUCCCUACUGGUUGCAGACGUUCUUUGGGUUUGCACCAGAGGAAGCGCUGACACAGCCGGAUUGGGGGCAUUGUGGGGUGCUUAGCCCGUUGCUUGCUAAUGUGUGUCUGGAUGAAUUUGAUAAAUGGAUGGAUGAGAAGAUUAAGGAGUUCUACAAGCCUUCCAAAUCAGAUGUUGUGGGAGGCGAGGACGGUGUUGAGCAGGGGAAUACAUCAUGGCCAGAAUUUGUUCCCACGAGUGGGCCUGACAAAACAAGGAAGGUAGACUACAUUCGGUUUGGCGGGCAUUUCUUGAUUGGAGUGAGGGGGCCUAGGGCCGACGCCGCAAUUAUCCGAAAGCAGCUUGUUGAGUUUUGUGACCAGCGGUUCAGGAUCAAGCUUGACAAUGAGAGCCUCCCAAUUGAGCACAUCACUAAAGGGAUCAUGUUCCUUGAUCAUGUGCUGUGUCGUCGUGUUGUGUACCCAACCCUUCGUUACACAGCCACUGGAGGCAAGAUCAUCAGUGAGAAGGGGGUUGGGACUCUGCUCUCAGUGACAGCCAGUUUGAAGCAGUGCAUCAAGCAGUUCCGGAAGCUAGAGUUUUUAAAGGGAGAUCGUGAACCAGACCCACAGCCAUGCUUCCGGAUGUUCCAUGCCACACAAUCUCACACUAACUCACAAAUGAAUAAACUUCUGUUGACGAUGGCUGAAUGGUAUCGCUAUGCUGAUAACCGCAAGAAGAUCGUCAACUUUUGCUCUUACAUUAUAAGGGGGUCGUUGGCUAAGUUAUAUGCUGCUAAGUAUAAACUGCGGUCAAGAGCAAAGGUCUACAAAAUUGCAUCAAGGAAUCUUAGUCGACCAUUGAAGGAUAAGAAAGGGCAGUCGCCAGAGUACCACAAUUUGCUGAGAAUGGGUCUUAUCGACUCAAUUGAUGGACUUCAGUAUACAAGGAUGUCCAUGGUUCCUGAUCCUGACUACACACCGUUACCAAGCGGGUGGCGCCCAGACCACGAGAAGUUUUUGCUGGAGUAUAUAAAGCUCACAGAUCAACAGACACUGGAAGAGCAACGAAGUUGCAUUAGAGAGGAGGGACUUAUAACACCACAGGACCAGAUUUCAAUGCUUGUAUGGAGCUACAAGAAAAAUGCAGUUUUACUACCUUCUUCAAAAGAGAGUGAUGUCCAAGGAUCCAUAGAAGACCUUGGUUCAGAUACAGAUGAAAUGAAUAACAAGGAGCUAGGACAUGAGGGGCAUCAGGGCUUUUCACAACCUGCUGAAAUGUCAUGAGUCUCAGUGAUUUCUGUAAAAUCCCCAGGGAGCAAUUAACUUGAAAAUUUGUCGGUGCCACUGAAUUUACAGGAGGCCAACUCACUAUUGGACUACUAAGACUGGUGUAAAUGUGUAAUUCUGUGGAAUUUCUAGCAUUUUGCUGGCUGGUUCAUAACCGCCUAGCUAGAUGGUUACUUCCUACUCAAGGACAUUAUAUAUCAUGCGGUUCUAUCCGUGAAGACCAUUUCUUAAUGCUCAGGAGUGAUGCAUGAACAUGACCUUCAACCCAAGAUGCAAUUCCAGGGAAUUAGUGAAAAAUUCUCAUUAUGCUGCCAAACAGUGCAUCUGCUGCAAGGGCAGCUGCUCAUAUCAGGGACUAAGUUGGGUCUUUCUUGAUACUUCGGCCGUGCUCUAUAAUAUAAUUAGAAGAGAGCAAGAGAGAAUAGAAGUGCAGGUCAAAGCACAAAUCUUGCACAACUAACGGUAAAGCUUCCUUUUUAAGGUAUGUCUAACACAUGCUCUCUUCUAAUUAUAUUAUAGACGAAGUGCACUGCUAGCAAUAUGCUUUAGCCACUACAUAUCCAUGAUCACAAAAUACUAGCAGCUACCUGAUGAGAAUGAGAACAGAGAAUUGAACUUCUCAGGAUGUAGAAUUUAAGACAGGAUUUUCUUUUUCCUGAUGCCAUAUGUAUACGUAAUCCCUUCAGAAUAUUCGUAUGCCGAACCACUAUGCUCUUCAUCCAGAUCCACGAGCCUGGUUCUCGUUGCAUCUCUAUUGCAUGUCUCCUUGUUUAGGAUUGCAUUGAUUACACCAGUUCACCAGUGUAAUGGCAACAAAGUCAUGGCUUUGUUUCUGCCAAUGUAAUGAUCAAAAGAACAGGUACCUUCAGGCUGUUAAUAAUUGUUUGGAAUAUUCAGAUCUAGCUGGUCAUGUCAGGUGUGCAUAUGACAUCAGGAAAAAAAAUCCUGUCUUAAAUUCUACAUCCUUACAAGUUCAAUUUUCUGUUCUCUUUCUCAUAGAAAGGUAGCUACUGGAGUAGUAUUUUGUGAUCAUGGAUAUGUAGUGGCUAAAGCAUAUUGCUAACAGUGCACUUUGUCUAUAUAACAUAAUAAUUCUUUAUACCAUAUUUUCUGCAAUUAUAUCAGUCUUUAGGUCAUCUAAGGCAAACUGAAACACCAGAGCGGAUUCUGCUAAUAAUCAAUCCAACUGGAAGUAUGCAUCUUGACGCGAAGCAUCGGUCCCGUAGAGCACAUUGGGGUAUGCCAAUCAUUUAGCUCCACUAGCCUUCUGUUGUGCCAAUGGAUAUGGUAGACAUAAAGGCUCUCAGCAAUCGGGAUGAUUUUGUUUCCCACUAAAGGCCGACGAGAAGCACUUGUGAGUCCUGACCCAUGGGCUCAGGGCUUUCAGGUAUGUCCCAAUUGUGAGACUCCCUGUUGUAUCUUUUCUCCUUUUUUUUGUAUACUUCCUAUAGAAGUUCUCUUAUAGGUCAAGAAAUCUGGACUGGGUUUCCCGAUAUCAUACAGCAGUGUUACUUCCUAUAGAAGUUCUUUUAUAGGUCAAGAAGUUCUGUGAUGAAUUUAACUAAACUCUGAACAGCAACACAAGCGGAAACCCAUAGACCGUUCCUGAGUCAGGCCAUGGGGGUCUAGAUUGUGCUUCACUCCUACUACAUUUGAGAUCAGGACGCUGUGUAAAAGGCGUCUGGUGGUGGUAGGUACCCUCUAGAUCGAUUCUCUAAAUUUUCAGAAUAUAAUUUGCAACCACGAAGGGGCAAAUGACAGCAUCAAGAUGCUGCACCACUUUGACUAACUAUACUGUGACUCAAAACAGAGCUUUCAAUCUGAUUGCUUGAUCCAUCUAGUGUCAUCACAAUCGAACCGCCACUGAAAUUUGGUAUCAGACCAUCACCAACUAGGAAAUCUGGCUUUUGUCCAUGCACUUUCGCGUGUGGACGAAGGGUGGUUCCCGGUGUGGAAGGAUGGCAAUCAGCCACUAUAAUGUUCCACUCGACAAGAUGCUCCCAUCUGUUCACUACUACCAGUCAUCUAUAUGUCAUUUCCUAGUGUGUGUUUUCUCCUGUUUUCAUUCAGACAAAUUCUUUUCAUAUUUUCCUAGCUGGUAGAAGGUUGCAAAGUAGAUGCUGGAUGGAGGAUCCCCAAGCCUCCAAUUUCCAGCACGCAAUCGAGCACCAGCCACUAGCAAUUGUUUCACACUUCACAGUAGGCCCCUCUUCUGCUCGAUGGAAGUUUCUUUCAGCGCCCAAAAGCUGAUCACCACCUGCCUGCUGCAUUAGCAUGUACAGUUCAUAGUUGACUUAUGUACCUUAUAAAAAGACUAAUAAGAUCAGCAAGUUGCUGGGCUUUUCCCAAGACGAUGUUUCCCGUACAGUACAGGGUGUAGAAAAUGCACUUGACACAUUUGCUUUCAACUCCAGGUCGCAUACGAAACAUGAAUCAGACUGGGUUAUUUUCCGUGCUUUCAGAUGCAGGCAAACCUGUGGAGCAACAGCUAUCUGUUUUUGAGAGUGAAAGUUACCGUUCCUUGGAGUUACUAUUCCUACCUUGCAAAAUGAAGGAAAGCUCCAUCUUUUACCUAACUAAAAGAUUCAUGGAUGGCCGGCAGAAUAUGAACACAUAGGAAAAGAGAAAUUCAAUUUGCUGGUAACUGGCAGAGCAGCACUUGAGUCUGCGGAUGCUGGGGGGACUAGGUACGUAUCUGGUGCUGUGCUGGGGAUAAGAAUAUCAGAAUAUGUCUCUUUUUACUAGGAGGAAGUUUGUGAUGACCUAUGGACCCUAGGGGUACGUUGCCAUCAACGAGCGCGUGCUGAUUCUUUUUGUCAUCGAUCUAUUGAUCGGAGCAAUGGACGGCACAAGGAAGGAUGGAAAAGGCGUGGGAAUUUGCACCUCGCUGUUGCGAAAAAGACUAGAAAGAAAGACGCACGCUUUAUGGUGCUGUGUGCCACCGAUGCCAAGGCACAAGAUGUGUGUUCCCAAGGAAGGCAGGCAGGAGUGCUAAUCUCUGCCUUUUGCACACUGGUGAAUGGUGAUGGUUCGGUGGGCUCCCUGUGUCACAGCAAAGGUUUGGUCACCGAAUCACGACAUGUCUCGUAUUGCUGGACCGAGGGGACGGAGGUACUACUCUGAAUAGCCAUGUUGCAUCAUCAACAAUGCACUAACACGGGCUGGUAAGCUGGUUGAUGCUCCAACAGAGAGGAACAAAACGAUCUUCUGGUCAGUGUAUGGAUUAAUGGACGUUCUCCGUACUGACACAAGCAUUGUCGCCUAAACAAUCUUACUGCUAGCAGUGUUACACGUUUUCAUCUCCA